CUCAAGUUAAUUAGUUAAUAAUGAAUGAAUUAAUUCUAGCAGGGACCUCCCGGCGUCCCGCUCAAGUUAAUUAGUUAAUAAUGAAUGAAUUAAUUCUAACAGGGACCUCCCGGCGUCCCGCUCAAGUUCGCGCGGCGGGCGGCGGCAGCGCGACGCUACGCGGUGCUGACGGCGUGGAGGUACCUCGGCCCGGGCGAUGUUUGCACCUCGUCCCACCUCGCGAUGCUGGACCCUGUUUCGGUCGAGCCUGCCGACCUGCUGCCCUUCGAGAUCGAGGCGUUUGGGCACGCGGGGCGUAACUUCCGGCUGCGGGCGCCCGAGGCGGGCGAGGCGGCGCCAGCCAAGGCGGAGGCCGAGGCGGAGGGCGCGUUGGAGGUGGCGGCGGAGGCGGAGGCGGAGGGCGCGGGAGAGGCGGAGGCGGAGGAGGAGGCGGCGGAGGCGGCGGGUGCGACAGAGGCUGCUCCCAGGCGGCUUGGAGGGGUGCCGCGCCACCGCUGGCUCUACUUCCCUUCGAUGCGGGCCGACAACGAGCUGCUGCUGCUCUACGCGUACGACUCGGUCCUCGCGCCGCCCGGAGGCGUCUCACCCCCCGCCGGUCCCGGUGCUGGUCCCGGUGCGGACGGCGCUUGCUCGGGAGCGGCGCAGCGAGAGGCACCUUUUGGGCACCUGCCCGUCGCCACCGUCGUCCACUCCGCCUUCCCCGACCCAGCAGCAGGCGCGGCGGGCGAGAGGGAGAGUAUUGACACGCGGCUGCUGCUUGUCUGGGAUUAGAGGGUGAGGUAGGGAGCCUUCCCUAGUACGUAGGUCCGCCCCGCUUUGCCAUAUGCGCGUUGCACGGGGAGAGAGUGCGCCAGCGCCGGAGUGACUCUCGUGACGUUGCGCAAUGGCGCGUGAGCGAGAGAGAGGCGCGAUCCAGAUGUACAGUUGAGUGUGAGUCGAGGGAGUCAAACACAAGUGUAUGCGCGUGUGGUCUCCCCAAGUGGGCCACACCUCACGGUGGCUCACACGCACAAGCAUACAAUGUACAAGUUGGGCAUACUUAGAAUAUUUAGACCU